AUGUUUAUUUCCUUCCUUUCUUAUGUAAUAGCUUUAUCGUGCAUCAAUCACAUUUCUUUUUCCAGAGCAUUUCUUGCAGUAGUAACUUUUAACUGCAAAUAGCCAAAGCGAACAGAUCUUGGUUGCUGUGGUAGAGAAAAAUAAGGAAAAUAAACACAGGAAACCAAAAAUCAAGAAAUCAUUGAAAAUUAAAUCAAUAGCUAGGAAAUUGAUUCUUACCAAAAGGUUGCUUAAUUGGAUGACCAAAAUAUCUAAGUUUAGGGUGUAUAUCGUGGGUAAGCAGCUGGUGGCUACCCUCCAAUGACCACAGAUUUUUAGCAAUAAAAUCUUUAACCUAUUGUCAGCAAUAAUUAGAUUUAACCAAUUGCUUAUGGUGGUUUCCUAGAAUAGCAAGAGAUGAUUUAGCAUUAAUCACUACCAAUUAAGAAAGUCAGUAAUUACAAAGUAUAGAAUAAGCAUGCCCUUCGACUAGACAUAGCAAAUGCCAGUAGGAUAGCCAUAAGUCUAUGGUGGAUACUAAAUACCUCCACAGGUAAUAGGCUUUUAGUAGUUACAAAUACCUCAAGGAUAUCCUAUGUAACAGCUACCCUAAUUUGA